AUGGACUUACUACCGGUGAACUUUUACGUUCUUCGUUUCUGCGGUGUAUGGAAAGAACAUAAGGAUAGCAACUUGAUGGUACGCUUUGUCAACUUCUGCUACAGAUAUACAAUUGCUGGUAUAAUAUAUCAUUUUACGAUAUUUGAGAUGGCCGAGCUUAUACGUAUGAGAAAUGACAUGGAAGAUUUAACAGAAAGUCUAUUCCUCGUUCUGACCUUUAUGUGUUUGUGCCUAAAGUAUUUAAACGUUUCAAUACGACAGCCCAAGAAAUUCGGUGGAAGAGUCGAUACUGAAACAAUACAAUCUCAAAGGAUAGCCUGUGCCUUCAUGUUUAUUUCGCAAAUAUCGGGUAUCUUGGUUCUCAUAGGACCUUUGAUGUCGAAGAACGAAAGGCAGCUACCGAUGAAGAUGUACGUACCGUAUUCCAUGGUGGAGUUACUUCCUUACCUAUUGACCUAUCUUGAGCAAAUUGCAGUUGUAUUUUACGGGGUAUCACUAAACGUCGCUUUUGAUUCUCUCGUUUAUGGUUUCAUUAUCCAUACCUGCGGGCAGAUCGAAUUGUUGUGUUAUCGAUUGUCGGAAACAUUCCGAUUUCUACAGGAGAAUAAUAAAAAGAUGGAGCACGACGUAAUUGAGAACUUUGCCAUCGCGGAAUGCGUGAGACAUCAUAUUUCACUGUGCAAUAUCACGCGUAGGAUACAAUCAUUAUUUAUGUGGAUUAUCACCACUUUAUUCUUCUUCAGCCUUAUCACUCUCUGCAGCAGCGUCUAUCAGAUGUCUAAUAAAAAGAUUCUCAGUGUUGAAUUCUUCAUUUUUUUAGUAUACUUAGGAGCAAUGUUGUUUCAAGUGUUCUCAUAUUGCUGGUAUGGCAAUGAGCUUGAUUUAAAGAAUAAAAGUAUCGCGUAUGCUAUUUAUGCUAGUGACUGGACAGGAAUAUCGAUAAAGCAACGGAAAAGUUUAUCAUUUAUAAUGAUGAUGAGCCAAGGUGGACGAAUACUUUCUUUUUAUGGAAUUUGCUCGUUAGUUCUUAACACUUUCACAUGGAUUUUAAAGACAUCCUAUUCUUCUUUCAACUUGAUCCAGCAAGCUUCAAUUUAA